UCUUGUAAACAAUUUUUAAUUGAAUUUACUUAUUAAUCAGUUUCUCUUUCCGUCCCAGCAGGACUCUCAGCAGUAGAUUCAGCGCGUCCUGUCAGUUUGAAAAGCCGAGAAAUAUUGAGUUGAAUAUUUCUACAUUUUGCGAGGAUUAGUAGGAUUAAUUUUGAUGUUACUUCGCCUUCUUGGUGACGAUCAGACAUUAACCGAGUACUUAGACCUAAUGACGAUGUUACAUUAACCGAGUACUAGUAGGAUUAAUAAGUAUACGAUGUUACAUUAACCGAGUACUUAGUAGGAUUAAUAAGUAUACGAUGUUACAUUAACCGAGUACUUAGUAGGAUUAAUAAGUAUACGAUGUUACAUUAACCGAGUACUUAGUAGGAUUAAUAAGUAUACGAUGUUACAUUAACCGAGUACCUAGUAGGAUUAAUAAGUAUACGAUGUUACAUUAACCGAGUACCUAGUAGGAUUAAUAAGUAUACGAUGUUACAUUAACCGAGUACUUAGUAGGAUUAAUAAGUAUACGAUGUUACAUUAACCGAGUACUUAGUAGGAUUAAUAAGUAUACGAUGUUACAUUAACCGAGUACUUAGUAGGAUUAAUAAGUAUACGAUGUUACAUUAACCGAGUACCUUAGGAUUAAGAAGUAUACGAUGUUACAUUAACCGAGUACUUAGUAGGAUUAAGAAGUAUACGAUGUUACAUUAACCGAGUACUUAGUAGGAUUAAGAAGUAUACGAUGUUACAUUAACCGAGUACUUAGCAGGAUUAAUAAGUAUACGAUGUUACAUUAACCGAGUACUUAGUAGGAUUAAGAAGUAUACGAUGUUACAUUAACCGAGUACUUAGUAGGAUUAAGAAGUAUACGAUGUUACAUUAACCGAGUACUUAGUAGGAUUAAUAAGUAUACGAUGUUACAUUAACCGAGUACUUAGUAGGAUUAAUAAGUAUACGAUGUUACAUUAACCGAGUACCUAGUAGGAUUAAUAAGUAUACGAUGUUACAUUAACCGAGUACCUAGUAGGAUUAAUAAGGAUACGAUGUAGCAAACGACUCCCUUCCUUGAUAGAACAUCAUUUAAGCAAUAAAAGAUGUUAACUGUGUUUGCACGGGUAUAUGAAAGGAGAAGUCCUUUGGCAGAACUCGAGAGCAUAUCAGUCAUCAGUGCAAGUCGAAUGUCGAUGGAUGCACCUGCUCGAGAGCUCUCGUUUCAAUUUUUCUUAUAACAAAUGCACGAUUGACUUGCAGAUCCUCUUUAAUUGAUUUCAUUUGUUAAGCUCAGAUUGGUUUGCACUGGGUAAUGCAUAAUCAGCUAUAGACCAAUCAGCGCACGAGUUUUUAUGUUUUUAUUUUAUGAUUUCUGAUUUUGAAUGGUUUCUUUAGGUAUCCGUAUUCUUGUUACAUUACUUCUUGAAGCGCUACCCAUGUUGGGAAAUGUUUUUGCAUUGGCAUUUCUUGUGUUCUUCAUAUUUUCAAUUGUUGGCGUGCAACUUUGGCAAGGAGUUCUUAGAAACAGAUGUUUUCCAAACAUAACCUUAAUCAAUGACUCAAGCAAAAGAUGUUUCUAUCGGCGAUCAUUUGAAGAACAAGAUUUCUUAUGUUCACUGCCGUCCGACUCUGGUACACAACACUGCACCGGAAUUCUGCAUCCGAUACAAUGUGUUACAGCAAACGGGAUGACCAGCGGUAAUCACUGUGAGUUUGAGUUAGCUAAUUUCUCCAGAAGCGUCGAGUUCCAGUGUUUGCAAGAGGGACCAAAUCCAUUUCAUUCAACCGUCUCAUUUGAUAACAUCGGUCAUGCUUUGAUUGCAAUUUUCCAGAUAGUAACUUUAGAAGGAUGGUCAGAAAUAAUGUACAGAAUACAGGAAGCUCAUGGUUAUUGGAACUGGUUAUAUUUUAUUCUUUUGAUACUUCUCGGUCCGUUGAUAAUGGUUAAUCUUUGCUUGGUUGUACUUGCGAUGCAAUUUCAAGAGACUAAAAGUCGCGAACUACAGCUAUUGGAAGAAGAUCGUCGAAAGAAACAAGAAGCCGAGAACGUUUUCAAGCGUACAAGAUGGGGAAGAGUGUUGAGUGUCGUUAAAUCGAACCUCAGUGAAACGUUACAGGGGGGAAAGAAUCAACACAUUCAUCAUCAUCAUCACAUUCAUCACUACUAUCAUCAUGAACAUGUUGUGCAACCCCCUUCGGAAAAUCCAGUGAAUGUCACCCCCCGUAAACCGACAGUCGUUGUCUCUCAUCAUAGCUCGCUCAGUCAUGAAUUGCCCGUUAUUCGUGUUAAGAAACCACGUGAUUUACCUACCCUUGUUAUCUCGGAGGAAAGUUCUGCCUCCCAUCCCCUUCUAAAAAAACUGACCGCUCCACCCAGGAACCAAAUGAUGCUAUCAUUUCAUUGUCCUUCUUCUGAACGGCGUUCUCCCACCUCGUCAACAGAGUCCGUGUCCUCUGAGCAUGCGCCUUUCUCGCCUGACACGGCAUCUUUGAGUUCUGGUGAAGAUUCUUCUAGAACUUCAGAAUUUUUCGCAUCAACAUUUGCUAGUGCCAAAGUUAAAUUAAAAGUGACCAAAUGUCAGGUUCACAAUGAGCCAUAUCACUUAAAGAAGAACAUACAAACAGAAAUGUCUACAGUCUCCAGCACGUCGCAUACGACAUUUAACGAUCAUUCGGAAGGAAAAUGCGAUUGGAACUCAUGCGUAUUCGAAAACUCGAAACCCGAUCAAGAGGAUAAAUCCAAGAACUGUGACGCACAUUCUGAGAAAUCUCGUUGUGACGUAAAUGAAAACGAGAAUGGUGCUCAUAAUGACAUGAAUAAUUUGUCUUCAAAACAAUUACCUGAAGAACAAGGACCAAAUUCAAAUUUCUCAAGAGUUUCCAAACAACAAAGUAUCCGAACGAAUAGUUGUAAAACAAAAGAAAUGUCUCCGAAGAAAUUUGAAUUAGCGAGAAGUGAACAAUCGCGUGGAGUAUCUUCGACAGAAAACAAUAUGCGAACGUUGUCUGCGCCCCUGAUGGAUUCGUUGAAUCAAACUUCAUUGAAUUUGGCAAAUGAAUCUUGUGCUUCCACAUAUCAUGAAAAGUUCAUACAGAGGACAACUUCAUUUGAGAAAAGUGAUUGCCUAGAGGCACCAGUGGAGCCUGGAAGGAAAAUAAGCUUCGGUGAAGCUUUUGAUAAUCUGUGCAAAAUGUCAAACAGCGCUUUGUUCAUCAAUUUUAUCAUGAUUGUAAUCCUUGUGAAUACCAUCACUAUGGCAACUGAACAUUACCAACAGCCCAAAUCUUUGGACGAUUUUCUCGAAGCGUCAAAUCUCGUCUUCAUCGCUAUAUUUAUCUUGGAAAUGAUCGUUAAAAUCGCAGGAGGCGGAAUACGCUCUUACAUCAGCAAAUGGUUUAACAUCUUCGAUGGAUUCAUCGUCCUUUCAAGCUUUAUUGAGGUGGUUUUGCAAAAGGGUAGUGGUGGCCUGUCCGUGUUGCGUAGCGUGAGACUACUGCGCAUAUUCCGUCUCAUUCGACCAAUCAGGCAUCAGCUUAUUGUGAUGGUACAUACGAUGACGAGUGUCAUGACAUUCACCGCAUUGUUGUUCUUAUUCAUGUUCACGUUCGCCGUCUUGGGAAUGAAACUUUUUGGCGGGAAGCUCUUGUUGCCGCGCUCAGAUUGUGGAGACUGGGAAACAGUUCGAAGUAAUUUCGAUACAUUUCCUUCUGCUCUGGUGACGAUAUUUCAGGUGCUGACUUUGGAAGACUGGAAUAUCGUCAUGCAGAAUGCAAUGCGUUCAACCAAUCACUGGGCGGCAAUCUAUUUCAUAUUUUUAACGGUUAUCGGCUAUUACGUUCUCUUCAACCUCCUUGUUGCUAUAUUAGUAGAAGGAUUUACGAAUCCUUUGCUUCGAGAGUGGAACACAAAAAAACCCGAAGAAGAUGAAAAGGUCAACGAGGCUAAAACAACCAGAGAUUGGCUUACUUUGAUAAAGCAAGCUAAAGAAAGGUCUAAUGACCUUUCUGAAGACAAAACCAACGAUUCAAAUAAGGUUUCGGAUUUUGAGAAUGAAAAUAUGUCAAAGACGAGAAGCGUCACUGAAACGCCAUCAAAAUUGUGUUCUUCGUCUGUAGAGAAAACCAAAUGGAAAAGUGCAGAUGGAUGUAAUUGUUUUGACGCAAAACUGAAGGCAGCUUCUGUCAAGUUAAGAAAUGCGAAAAAUAGUAUGAAAGAAUGGUGGACGAACAAUCAAGGAAGCUCCUAUACCGGGAGAAAGGACUCCUAUACCGGGAAAAAGGAUCCGUACAGUUUCAACAACAUGUCAUUUUGUCCAACAAUUUCAGGUGAAGUUAAAUCAUCUUCAAAAGAUGAAGAGGGCGAACUUGAUAACAUGAUGAAGAGCAAACAUGAUGUGCAAGACGGCCGUGUAUCAUGUGUUGAUAAAGGUUUUUUACACGGGGUUAAACGAAGCUCUCCUCAGGUGAAUCCAAAAAUUGUUGUUAUCGAUGAAGAUAGCGUCAUUCAUAGGACUGGUGACGAACGAAGCUCUCCUCAAGUGAAUCCAAAAAUUGCUGCUAUCGAUGAAGAUGGCGUCAUUCAUAGGACUGGUGACGAACGAAGCUACCAAUCACAAAACGAAGAGAAAGAUCGUUGUCUCUCCAUGUCCAAAUCUCUUUUCAUUUUCGAUGUAAAUAGUAAAUUACGUCGCGUGAUCACAUCCAUCACAAGUAGCAAAGUUUUCGAUGGUUUGAUUCUCUUCCUCAUCGUGUUAAGUUGUGCUUUUAUGGUUUUUGAUCACCCACCUGACGCUGAACCCAAGCAUGAGCGUGUUAUAUUUACCGCCAACUUGGUCUUCACAAUUCUUUUUACAAUCGAAGUUAUUAUCAAGGUGAUCGCUAACGGCUUGGUCCUAGGCCCCAACACGUAUUUACGUAAUGGAUGGAACAUUCUGGACUUCAUCAUUAUCGUCGUUUCUUGGUUGCAUGUGAUUACAUCAUCGUUUAAUUCGACCAGUCCAGGAAUAUUGGGUUCAGUGAAAGUACUUCGAGCUCUAAGGACUUUGAGACCAUUAAGAAUGAUCCGCCAUGCUCCAGAACUUAAGCUUGUUGUUGGUGCUUUGUUGCGAUCGUUUAAACCUAUAGGAAACACAGUGCUAAUAGCUGGUAUAUUUUUUGUCGUUUUUGGCAUCCUGGGAGUUCAGUUGUUCAAAGGAAAGUUUUAUCAUUGCAAAGAUAAUCCAGCUGUGAUAACAAAGAAGCAAUGCGACGGAGUUUGGAUAAAUCGCUCUUAUAAUUUCGACAACCUUGCUCAGGCUUUUGUCACACUGUUUGUAUUGGCGACACGUGAUGGUUGGGUUACUGUAAUGCGUUAUGGCGUCGAUGCAGUUGCCGUUAAUUUACAGCCAAAGGAAAACGAAAAUCAAUGGAGAGUUUUGUACUUUAUAAGUUUCUUAAUGACAGUCGGUUUUUUGGUCUUGAAUAUGAUCGUCGGCAUUGUCGUUGUUAACUAUCAAAUGUGUCAAGAGAAGCAAGAACUUGUGGAAAGAAAAUCGCCUACCAAAAUAACCAAAGACAGCUUAGAAAUUACUGAUAAAACUGACGAUCCUGCUGGAGUUCAGCUUUCGUCGUUUCGUCUUCGUUGUUAUCGCCUGUGUCAUAACGAAUACUGGGAUAUUGCCAUCGCUUGUGUUAUCGGAGUGAACAUAAUUCUUAUGUCAGUGGAGCAUUAUGAAAUGUCACGGACCUACGCAAUCCUACUGGAUCUCAAUAACUAUGUUUGUACAAUCAUAUUCAUUUUUGAGGCUUUUAUAAAAGUUAGUGCAUUUGGAUAUCGUGGCUAUUUUCACGACAGAUGGAAUAUACUCGAUUUUCUUGUCGUCGUGUUGUCCAUCGCUGGAAUUAUUUUAGAUGCUUUGCAUAACAUAGUUUUCCUGAAGCCCACAGUUCUACGUGGUCUGCGCGUUCUCAGAAUUAUACGAGUUCUGAAGCUGUUCAAGAUCGCUAAGGGCGUUCGUUCCCUGUUGGAUACUGUCAUCAAAUCUUUUCGUCAGGUGGCCAAUCUUUGCCUCGUGUUGUUUCUCAUUUUCUUCAUUUUUUCAUCUCUUGGUAUUCAGUUGUUUGGAUCAUUAGAAUGUUCUGACAAAUAUCCCUGUCACGGACUUGACAAGCAUGCCAAUUUUCGUAAUUUUCCGACUGCAAUGUCGACGUUAUUUCGAGUAGCUACGGGCGACAAUUGGAACACGAUCUUCAUGGAUACGUUUCGUUCCGUUUGUGAUUCGUCAACUUUAUGUAAAAAAAAUUGUUGCUUUAGUAAGUACAUCGCUCCGUUUUAUUUUACAACUUUUGUUCUCUCGACGCAUUUUGUUUUGCUCAAUGUACUCGUCGCCGUUUUGAUGAAAGACUUGAAGGCCUCGAGGGAAAACUAGCUGAUAUUCUUAUACACGACACAUUGGAAAAUCGCGUAUUGAAACUCACUUCAUCCGCAUCGAAGUUCGCCAAAGAAUUGACAAAGUCGAGAAGAGUAAAAAUGCACCAUAAAAAUCGCGAUAAUCACAUUGAACUAAAGAAAGUACGUAUUAUUUCGUCAAAACACGACUAAGCUCGGUAUAAUUUGCAAAAAUCUUUCGGCAAAUUUUCACGCAAAGAAUUUUGGAAAGUAGUAUUGGAGAAUAGUGAUAAACUUUUAGUGGGAACUAAAGACAUUUAUAUGUCUUUAAUUAUUAUGAAUAACGAUUUAUUGAUCGAUAAUUACGAUCAAUUAAGCUACUAAUUGUUCUUAAAAAAUUAACGAGGAUUCGUUGGAUUCCUUUAUUGAAAAUAACUUAAAAAUGACAACCAUUACACAGCACAUAACUUUUCAA